GUAGAGAUAAGAUAAGAUUUAGUAGAUAGUACCACAUUAGUUUCCCCUCCUGUUCAAUAUUUCUCCAUGGUUUUGCGGCUAUUCGGUCUCGUACUCAACUCUUAGUCACAUACUCUGAUUCGGUCUUCGCUCUCAGCUGUUUCCUCUGAACAACUGAAAUACGACAAGCGUGUUCACAUCGGGGCCGUUAACAAAAAUAUUAAAGUGACAAUGGAACCAAUGUCGUUGGGAUCACCUGCUGGAAGUCCACCUAGUUCUGGUGUGUCAUCUCCAUUUUUGCCUGCAUAUCUAAUGGGAGAGUCAAUGCCUAGUGCUAUAUCGAGAGUAAAACCUUCUAGCCCUACUAAACAAUUGAAACAUGUAUCCUUUGGAAAUACUCCUACUGUUUCUCCCCCAAAACUUAUCCAUGGCUCUGUGGAACCAGAGAGGAGAAGUUUGAGGUCCUCUAUGUCAAUGGAGAAAAGUAGUGGGCCUCCUAUAAAGUGCUUAUUUGACACUCUGGAUGAAUCAUUUGCCUCUCCUAAGUCUGCUAGAAGUUCAGAAAGAAGUUAUUAUGACAUGAAUAGCAGUAUAAUUAGUGGCCAAGUGACCCAAGAGAAGCCUCUGUUGUCGCAGAGUGACACUUGGGUGACAGUGUUUGGUUUCCCUCCGUCAGCAACAGCAUUCAUUGCUUCUCAAUUUGCUAAUUGUGGACUUAUUGUAGACAAACGUGUUCCUCCCAAAGGGAACUGGAUGCACCUGAGGUUUCAGACCCCUCACGAAGCUCAUAAAGCUCUAAGUUACAAUGGAAAAAUAUUUUCUGGGUCUAUCAUGUUGGGUGUGGCACCAUGUCAGGAACAGGAUAUUUUACAAGAUUCUCAGGUUAAGGAAAAUGUAAUGGAAGGAAGUUUUACAUCAAGAAAUGCAAGUGUUCUGUCAUCACCUGUUUUCCACCCAAAUGUGCUGUCGCAAAGUAAUUCAUCAAAUUUGUCAUAUUUGGGAACUCCUGUUCGCAUUGGUAAUGCAAGACCUUUGAGUCAAACGUAUCGCCCUGGACAAUCUGAGAAUGAGGUUUUGAAUCAGAGUAACACACCACAGAAGAGUACAAGUAUGGUUACUAAAGCAAUGGAAUAUGUCUUUGGGUGGUGACAUCUGCCAAUAUUUGUGGCUUGUUUGUGGCAUUGAAAUUAUUUCCAUUUUCUAAAUUUUUGUUUGAUAAUUGAAAACUUUUUGUGAAAGAUUUUAGGCCAUAGUUGUCAGCGUGAUUUUUAAUUCUAAAAUUAAUGAUUUACUGAUGUAUAUAUUGGGAAUUAACUAUAUCAUACAUAGAGAUAUACAUAUUCAAGGUUCAGGACAAGCAAGAAAAGUUUUUUAAAGUUUUUUUUGUUUGUUAAAUUUUGUAAAAAAAAAAAUUACAUUUUGAUGGAUUUAUAGAAUGUUGAAUUUCUUGAUAUUUCUGAUACUCUUAUAUUAUUUCAAUAAACUGUAAUAAAACAUUUUACUUACUGCAGUCUUUUUAAAUGAUCAAUUAUAACACACUGAUGACUAAAUUUUAACAAGACAUAUCUUAAACUUUGGGUGUUUUGAAUUAAUCAUGAUAUGUAAAAGUUAAAAUAAUCUUGUACCAAAUUCCAUCAAUAGUUAUUACAGAAAUCAUGAAAUUUGUGAAAGUGUUGGAAAUCGGUCACAGUUUUAUUAGUUUUUUAGUGGAAACUUUGCAACAUUUUUAUAACCUCAAAAAUAUGCAAUUUUUGAGAUACAUGUUAAAAUUUAGGUCAUUUAUAAACAUUACAUUUAGUUUGUAUAUUUUCAACCCUUAAGUAUUUUUUUUAUAGCAAUUUCUGUGAUGGAGUUAUUGAAUUGGUGUCAAGAAAAGAGAAUAGUGUUUGGUCUUUCUUUAAAAUUUGUUGUUGUUGUUAUUAUUAUUAUUAUUAUUACUAUUACUAUU